AUGGAUAAGAAAACAAGUUACCAUGACAUGAUACAGGGCUUUGGCCUCUUUAUUUUCUUUUUACAGUUAAUUCCACGCAUAAAAGACUUCAUAAAGCACUACGGCUCUGGCUAUACCCCGGGCGAGCUGCUGAGGGUGGAGCUGGCUAUUUUGGACAGACUGCACUGGGACCUCUAUAUUGGGAUACCGCUGGACUUCUUGACCAUAUUCCAUGCCCUGGUGGUCCUGGGCUGGCCCCACGUGGUGGAGCUGCUGCCUCAGAGGAAUCCUUCCCUCCACGUCGCGUCCCUGACCAGGCAGCUGCAGCACUGUAUGGCGGGCCACCAGCUGCUGCAGUUCAAGGGCUCCACACUGGCCUUGGUCAUCAUCACCUUAGAGUUGGAGAGGCUCAUGCCCGACUGGUGUACUCCUAUAUCUGAUCUGCUAAAGAAAGCACAGGUCAGUAGUGAGCAGUUGAGCCACUGCAAGGAACUUGUAAAGCAGCACCUGAGAAGUUUGUAGUCCUCUUCCUGCUCAGACAACUUUGUUUCACUUCCCAGCCUCUGUGCCCCUACCCUAGUACCCUUUAGAGCAUCAUGGCAACCCCUUCUUGGUGGGAUGCCUCUAAAUUCUAGGCUUUAUGGAUCCUAUAACAAUAAAGGAAGAAGGCACUGGAAGGCAGCUGAGAAAAAGCUCCCGAGUCUUGAGAAGGCAGUAAGGAGAAAAAAGGCAGGUCGGGGGUCCCUGUUGGGAAGGGUGGUCUGACAGAUCAAGACCCUGCUCUCUUCUCUCCCAUGGGUCCGAGACCAGCAUGAAUGAAUGAAUGGUCAUACUGCAGCUUGGUUUUCCCUUCUUCUCCAGCAUGGACUGGUAGGGGCCCCUAAGGGAACUGGAGUCAGGCCAGCAGUGGGCCUUGCUCAGGACCGAAGGGCCGGGCUGGUUCUGACUGACCAGCUUGUGCUGUUCCACCUACGGAGCUGGCCAGGUUCUGUCAGCUUCCCAGACUUCUGGGAAGUGUAGCACUUCAAGUGCCAAUGACCCUGCCCAUCAUGGCAAAAAUGGGACCGUUUCUCCAAAUGAAUGUCCCCUGACUUGGCCAUGACUUAGGUCUUUUCUUCAUAAGACCUGGAUCAUAAAGUAUGCUUUGUUCAAUGUACAGUAACUUGGUCAAGCUUCACACAUGUUUGUCCUUUGUUACUUUUAAGCAAAGUAGUUUACUACCUUAGAGGAAUUUUAUGUUUAAGAAUGAUCUCAGCAGCUGACCCCUGAUGGGGAAACACAGCUCUGAGAGCUUUAGGUCGAGAUGAGCAGGUUCUGAGGCUGAGGCUGCUCCCAACACAGCACUGCUAGAAGGAGAUGACGGCACAGCCGUGAGGGAGAAGCCAGCUGUCUCUCGGGCAGCAGGACACUACAGAGCCAUUGUCUGGGUGGGAGAGUCCAGCAGGCAGAGCUGCCCCCUGGAGCUGUGUAAGCAGCGUCGGGAACACGAAUGACAGAACCACACAUUUCACAGUGAUUUCUGAAGUCUUGCCACCCUGAGCAGUUUUUUGUAAUCAGGCUAAGCUGUGAGGAAUAUGACCUGCUGCUAGAUGCAGAGAGGUCACAGACCAGGUAGACUAUAACAGUGCGUGUAUGAAUCUCUACCUAUUGUCCACACAAAUUUGCCUGGUGGAGCUUCUGUAAAAAUAAAGUUUAAUUCCUUUCAACCUCAUCAGAAUCUUACUUUAAAUGUAUUGGAUAUCCAGCAUUUAAACUCGAUAGUCACAU